AUAUAUAUAUAUGUAUAUAUAUAUAUAUAUAUAUAUUAGUUAUGCAAAUGUAUAAUUACAUAAUUUGAAAAUGCAUUCACAAAUAACUAUAGUGUGCAUUACAUUUCUGAACUUAUUUUUACGAUUUAAUACUUGUUAUAAGAAAAUACGUAUUGUACGUUUGUAUAUGCCUCUGCCAAUCAGAACCUAUCUUAAAACUUUUUAUAAAAGUACCUAGAUUAUGAGAAGUAUUUGAUUAAGGUAAAAUAUUAAAUUGCAUAUAACAUAAAAAUUAAAACUUAACAUUAUGAUAUAUUCAUUAUCUUUUAUAUAUACAUUAAACAGAUCAUCUGCAUCGAAGUAAUUUAAUGCUGAUUUUUUGUCCAAAUGUUAUUGGACAAUAUAUCGGUACAUUAGAAUACAUUAGAGAAGCUUAAUAUACACACAUAACUUCGUUUUAUGACUAUAGUAAUAUAUAUGUAUAUAUAUAUAUGCAUGUAUAUGUUCGGCCAAGAUUUACUCAAAUGUUAAUAAGCUAAUGUAAAUUCAUUAUACGAGAUUGGCGCCAAAGAAGAAUAUCCGUUGUUUCAUCCAAAUGAGGCACUACUUUAAACUGGUAAAUUCAAAACAAAUGUGAAUUUUAAGUACAACCAAUAUAUUUGCGUUUUAUUUUUUUUUUUUUUUUAUUUGGAUAUAUUCAACGAUCGUUUAAAAAAAGUUAAGUGAAAAUGAAAUUAAAUUGUAAUGUUGAAGUUAAUAAUCGAAUGCACAAUUUGACAAAUUUAUCGAUAAGAAAAAAAUCACAACGUGGGUAUUUGGUUAUUGGAAGACAAUCUAUAAAAAGCAAUGAAUUAUAUAUUUUAUUACAAACAGAGCAGAACAAAUGUGGAACUAAGUAUAAGGUGAAUGAUAAUAUUGAAAUGAUAUUUGUGAAAUUUAUUGAAAAUGGGAAAGCAACAAUUAGAAUAAAAGAACCUCCUCAUGAUUUAAUUAUACAGAGCGAUGCAAUACCAUUAAAAAGUUUUAUUCAUGUUUUAAAGCUUGCAUCGUCCAAAAAAGUAAAUUUAUCAACUCUUGCAAUAUCUAAUUUAAAUGGCAAAAAGAUUGGUAAUACGCAGAAAACAAAAAUAACUAUAAAAAAGAAUUCUGAAUAUCCUACUUUACAAGGUUUUCCAAGAUUUACAGAAGAAUUACACAUCAUAGGAUUAGAUAGGAAAUCAUUUGAUCUUCAAAUUUUAAAAUUGAAUCGUUUAAAAAUUUUGGAUCUAUCAAACAAUCAAAUAACAUCCUUACCUAAAGAUUUAGGUUCUUUGCCGCAUUUACAACAGCUUAUUUUAUCUCAAAAUCAACUUGGCAAAGCUGCUAUUUCUAAAUGGACAUGGCUAGAUCAAAACAAUAUCAGAAAUACUUUAUGCUUAUUAGAUUUAAAUUGUAAUUUAUUGACCGAAAUACCUGAGAAGAUUGGAAAACUCAAUGCUCUUGUUAAUUUAAAACUAAGUUGUAAUUCGUUAAUAUAUUUACCACAAAGUAUGGGAAACUUAACUUCGCUCAAAUAUUUGGAUUUAUCACAGAAUAGUUUACAAUUUUUACCAGGAAGUAUAAGGAAAUUACGGCUACUGGAAAUAAAUGUAUCUGCAAAUUCAUUUUCAACAACUAAGCCUUCUUAUGCAUGUAUAGUACAAUUACCAAGCCUUGUUGAGUGUGCAGCAAAGAUAUUUUUGAAAACAAGGAUUAGCUACAAUGCAAAUUUGAUACCUAACACACUGGUCAAAUAUUUGGAUUCUGCAAAAUAUUGUGUAUGUGGAACAGCUUGUUUUCAAUACUUUUUAAGAAAACAAUUAUAUUUUAAUUUAAAUUCAACUAUAUGUAGUGUAAAGUUUUCAGAUAGUAGUACUGUACCAUAUGAUUGUUUCUUUUGUAGUUUACAAUGUUUCAGAUUUUAUUCUAAAGUAAUGUCUUGAAGUAAUAUCGCCUUAUUAUUUAUAUGUAAUUUUAAAUUAUAGUUUUUUGUAUAUAUAUAAAUUUUAGUUUUUUGUAUAAAUGUUACAAUUAUCUUAAGGUACAAGUAAAAGAAUUUAAAAGUUUAAUCUAUUGUAAUA